AUGGUGACUCCCGCAUCGCCUUUAGAUUCGGCUCUCAAUCUGAGCACCGCGGGUGUCUGGCUUCCCGGCGGCGAUGAUUCAAGCAUCAAUUCGCACAGCGAGCCCCAGCGUAGCACCAUCGCCAACAACCCACCUAGUCGCAUGCUGCCAGUUCCGACACCGACCGAGUCAAGCACAUUCAUUGCCAACGCCGAGCUUCUGGACCCUCCUUCUCCUAUGGAAGCCAUGCUCGACAUAUCCGAUUUCUUCGAUUCCGUGGGACUUGACUUCGAAUACGGAUUUGAUUUCUUUGGCCCUGGCGACCACGUGCCGGCAGGGCUGUCGUCGGCCACGGAGAAUGCCUCGACUGGUGAGCCCGGCCAGCAAGAGAACAAUGAGAUUCCAAAUUCAGGGUCGAAUUUAGAAGGGCCGCUUGCGGAGCAUUUGUGUAAAUGCAUUCCGGAUGGCGAUACAGGAGAGGACGAUUUCUGUGAACUGAAGCCCAUAUCACAACCCUGGAAAGUCAGCGAGCCUCAAAGGCUUGUGUUUCAAGAGUAUCUCAGGUCUUACGCAUCCUGUCUUGAAUCCUUUAGACUGCCCUCGAGACUAUCUAUGUCAAGAUACAUCGCCGGUUUCGUGGAUGGUUACAGCAAUCACCACCCUUUCAUUCAUAUGCCCACUUUCUGCGUCACCAAGUAUCAAGACUCACCAGAGCUGGUGCUAGCUAUGAUGGCAAUCGGUGCGCAGUUUCGCUACGAGUCUCGCAAUGGUGCUGCACUAUACCGCGCAGGAAGGGCAAUUAUACUGCACCGGCUCAAAUCCGGGCAGUUUUCCGUCCAGCCAGCAGCUCCUGCUGUUGAUCAGGAAUCGUUCCUCGCAGCUGCCAACACAGAAACAGACUGCCAGUCCCCAAGCGCCCGCAUGGAGAGCAUCAAGGGUAUACUGUUGCUCGCUACUUUCGCAACAUGGCAGCAGGAUCGAAGUCUUGUUCGGGAGUCGUUCGAGUACCAAGGCCUCCUGGCAAGAUGCAUCCGUGAAAGCGUAUUGACGGAGACGCUUGCGAACGAUGGGAACGACUGGCAUGUAUGGGCCAAAACUGAGUCGGACAGAAGGGUGAAGCUGGCGUCCUUUUGCUUUUUGAACCUCCAAAGCCUAGUGUUCAACGUACCGCCUGUUCUGCUUGGUAAUGAGAUCUUUCUCAGAUUGCCAGUGACCUGCGAUGAAUGGCUAGCACCGGGACCGUCCAGGUGGCGUGAAGCUCGCUCCAAGGCAACGUCGGUGAUCUCGUUUCAAGAGGGGUUUGUCCCACUGAUUCACAACCGUCCGGGGAAAAUUCCAGCCACCUCCCCGUUCGGCAAUUUUGUCCUGAUGCACGCGCUUCUUCAGCGCCUCAUCGUGUCUCGACAGCUUUGCCUGGAUCCUCAAGGACCGGGACUGUCUUCACAUGAAGUAGCGAAGUUUGAACUUUCACUGCAUAGAUGGCGAGAGCAGUGGUGCAAGGCCCCAGAAUCUGUCCUAGACAUCCGGAAUACCAAAGGCUCGCUGUCUUGGACGGCAACAUCUUUGCUAGGGCUGGCUCAUAUUCGCCUACACUUUGAUCUUGGGAACAAGAGACAAAUCUAUUCUGGGGACCCUCUAUCCAUCGCAGCAGCUGCAUUUGAAGCUCGGCCACCUGAACGUGGCCUACGCCUUGUGUUUGCCCUCCUACACGCCGUUCAUGCCCUGAACAUACCGGUUCAGCUCGGCAUUGACUACCUGGCUAAUUGCCAAGCGUUCUUCUGGAGCCUGCAGCAUAGCUUUUGCUCAUUUGAGGCAGCCGUGUUUCUCAGCAAGUGGCUUUUGGUACUCGCCGAUGGCCCCGAUGUUGGAAGUAUGCAUUUCAAAGAAAGGCAAAUAAUCAGAUGGUUAGAAUUCAUCGUAAAUGAAGCACUGGCCUCCGUCGACGAAAUGCAAGACACUCUCCAGAGUCCUGACAGCCCAAUAACAGCGCAUUCUUUGAGGUUUCUUGGCAAUAUGGUCAUCAAGUUAUUCGCAAAAAUGUUCCAGCGAUGCAACAGCGCUUGGCCCAUUAUGAGGAUCGUCGGCGAAAGCCUCCACGAGUACUCCAGAUUGCUAGACGGAAUUUCCGGACCGGACAGUUCGACUUCGACAGGCAGCUUUAGUCGUGCGGUUUCGAAUUAG